AUGUGGCAUGAUGAGAACGGGACCAAGACCGGGAAGAUGACCACGUUGUGUGAGUGUGAUCUGGGAUUUGUCGGGGAACUCCACAAUAAAGACACCACUUUCGAGAUUGAUAAUACCGUGGGUAGUGUUACGAAUAUGAAUCAUGGCGCCGGAAUCAAUAAGGGAACUAGCGACAAAGGAGCUGAGAUAACCGUACUUGAGAAGAAGUCUAUUGUAUCCUUUUGUCUCGUACCUUUCAGCUACUCUCCAUACUCUACACCCGUGGUUUCACUUGGAGAGACACACGGUGGCAUUGUGACCUGGACGGGAGCAGUGGGAACAGAAAAGUGUGGAAUGGUCCACGGGACAUUUGUUGCCUUUGUGGUCAUUGGUGCCACAACGACGACAAUAGGAAUCGGGGCAUUCAAAAAUACUGUGGCCUGA